GAUCGUAUGCACAAUUGCGCGUGUUACUUCUAGUUUUUUUCUUAAUAUACUAACAGAGGAAAAGACGUUUAUAAGGCCUUGAAAAGAGUUUAAUAUAUCAUAAUUUACGUUAUUAAAUAUUGACAUUAUCUUACUAUUUAUGAAAGAAAACUCCUUUAAUUGGAUCAAUAUGCACAAAUCAGAGAGUUCUAUACUGUAAAUCCUAGUCAUCUAUCUACUCAAGGGAAUAAUUUAGAACGAAUUCACUGUCUUUACCUGUCUUUUUUUUAAGGCACUGCCGUUAAAUACAAUUCCCAACUAAUUAUGCUUUGUUUUUGUCUCCUUUGAACUUGAAAUAGAGCUUGGCCAAUCCGAUUCGAUGAGGGAAGUAGGAAAUGAUGAAAGUGGCUUCAAGAAGGGUAGAAGAGGUGCUGUCAAACAGGCUAAAAUUCACGAAGUUCUUGGACACAAAUUUAUAGCAACCUUCUUCAGACAGCCAACAUUUUGUACCUAUUGUUCAGAAUUUAUAUGGGGACUUAAUAAACAAGGAUACAAAUGCGAAUCAUGUGGAUGUUCCAUUCACAAGAGAUGCCAUCAGAACGUUCUUGUAAAAUGCCCCGGCAGUGCUCAUGGUACACAGGAAACAAAGAAACAGACAGAACGCUUUAAAAUUGAUGUACCUCACCAAUUUAAACCUCAUACGUUUAUGCAUCCGACAUUUUGCGAUCAUUGUGGAUCGUUAUUGUAUGGCUUGUACAAGCAGGGAGUGAAAUGUCAAAUUAGUUCCUGCAAUGUCAACGUUCAUCACAAGUGCAAAGAUCUUGUAGCAAAUUUGUGCGGUGUCAAUCAAAAACUACUUCAGGAAGGGCUUAGUCAAAUUAAACUAACCCAAUCUAAACGUGCAGAAGCCCAAGCUUCUAAAACAACAACGAUUGAAGCGGAUGAUUCGGAGAGUUAUACGAAGCAAUGGCAAGAGGAGAGGAAAAAACUAGAAGAGGAGGUCGGCUCGGCGUCGUCAGCUAGAAGAUAUCAGUUGAAUGAUUUCGAAUUCAAGACAAUGUUAGGAAAAGGAAGUUUUGGUAAGGUAAUCUUGGCUCAGAAGAAGGGUACAAGCGAGUUCUACGCCCUCAAGGCAUUAAGAAAGGACAUUGUGAUCGAGGACAAUGAUGUUGAAAGUACUAUGACAGAACGUCGAGUUUUGGCAAUUUCCUUCCGCUGUCCGUUUCUCACUCACCUAUACUGCACAUUUCAGUCGGAUGCUCAUCUAUUCUUUGUUAUGGAAUACGUUAACGGGGGAGAUUUGAUGCAUCAUAUACAGAAAAGCCGCAAAUUCGAUAUCAACCGAUCGAGAUUUUACGCUGCAGAGAUUAUUUGCGGUUUGCAAUUCCUGCACAAUCAGUUCAUUAUUUAUAGAGAUUUAAAACUGGACAACGUUCUAAUUGAUAAACGAGGUCAUAUUAAAAUCGCCGAUUUUGGUAUGUGCAAGCUAAAUAUGGAUGAAAACGGCAGAGCCACGACAUUUUGCGGAACACCAGAUUAUAUAGCCCCUGAGAUUUGUUGCGGAAAACCUUACAAUCGGUCUGUGGAUUUUUGGUCCUUAGGUGUUCUAUUAUAUGAAAUGCUACUGGGGCAUUCCCCUUUCUCGGCAGAAGAUGAAGAUGCAUUAUAUAAAACUAUAAGGAUUCAAGAGCCAAAAUAUCCAUCGUCCUUGAAACCAGAUGCAAAAGAUUGCUUAAAAUUACUUCUUAAAAAAGAUCCAAUAAUACGUUUGGGUAUGCCAGACUGUGAAUAUCCAGAUAUUCGGACUCAUCCAUUCUUUGAAGUGAUAGAUUUUGUUAAAUUAGAGAAUUUAGAAAUUCCACCGCCUUUUAUACCAAAAGUUCGAGCAGAAAAUGAUACAAAUAACUUCGAUCAAGAAUUUACAAAAGAAAGGGCCCAAUUAUCUAUACCGGAUAGAGAACUAUUAAAGACGAUAAAAGAUGAUGUUUUCUUUGGAUUUUCAUUUACAAAUCCUAAAUAUUAGGCAAGGAUGGAGUUUUAGAGAAAAUGGGGCGCCGUUAUAUUGCCAAAAUACUUCAUUAGGACACUCUCAAAUUACCAAAUUCUUUUCUCUUUUUAUUGACUAUAGUUAUCUUUGUCCAUCUUUACUUUACUUUUCCAAACUAUAUAUUUUUAUCUCUGGUCUUUGUCUAGUAAGUGUAAGUUUGUUUUUGUCUAUAAUUUCAAACGAAAAUUAUGAAAAUGAAGAAAAAAAUAUGUACGUUUACGUUACGUAACAGUAUUUUAUAUAUAUAUGUAUUCAUAUAUAUUGCCUAAAGGGCUGAAAUCUGCAUGGUUUUACAAAAAUAUAUUGUUUUUCGUCAUUUUUAAAACGUCUGAUGUUAAGCAUAUAUAAUAUAACGUAUAUUAUAAACUAAUAAUAUUGAAGGUAUCUUUUUGCAACAUACUGAAUGUCUCGUUUUUUCUCAUCUCAAAG